UUUUGACUCUCUCUCUCUCUCUCUCUCUCUCAACCCCCAAAAAUUCAUAAAACACCCCACCCCAUCCCUUCUUUCCCUCUAAAAUGGCAGAAAUCCAACCCCCAAAACUAUGAAAAAACACCCCCACAAAAUCUCCACUUCUUCAAUGGAACCACACCAUCUUCUCAUCUUCCUCUUCCCUUUCCUCCUCACCAUCUCAGCCACAGAAUCAUCAACGGCUGAUAUUUCCGGCUCAUUGAAGGACGCCCGCCAGCUUCUCUCCUUCAAAUCCACCCUCCUAUCUUCCGAAACCCUCCAAAACUGGCAGCCCAACCAAAACCCUUGCUCCUUCACCGGCGUCUCAUGUAAGGACUCCACUCGCAUCUCGUCCGUCGAUCUCAGUGGGGUCCACUUAGGUGUGGACUUCCGCUCCGUCUCCUCCUUCCUCCUAACCCUAGAAAACCUUGUUUCCCUCUCCCUCGGCUCCACAAAUCUCACCGGAAGUCUCCUCGCGCCGCCGUCGGCGGGAGGUUCCUCCUGCGGCAAGCUCCUCGCUUUUCUCGAUCUCUCCGGGAAUUCCCUCUCCGGAUCGAUUUCCGACAUCUCGAGCUUCAGCUCCUGCUCGGCGUUGAAAUCCCUUAAUCUCUCCGGCAACGGAUUCACCUUCUCCGGUGCCACUGCCGGACUGCCGAUUGUUUUGCAGUCGUUGGAUCUCUCCUUCAAUAGAAUCUAUGGCCAGAACGCGCUCCCGUGGAUCUUGUCAGAUUGCUCGGAGCUUCGCCUCUUGAAUUUGAAGGGGAACAGAGUAUCCGGUCGGAUUCCGGUCUAUGGAUGCACCAGCCUCGAGUACCUCGACCUGUCGGCGAACAACUUCUCUGGCGGGAUCCCGACGUUCGGCGGGAAUGCGUUGCAGCACCUUGAUCUCUCAUCGAACAGAUUCAGUGGUGCGAUUGGAAGUGAAUUGGUUGGGUGCGGGAAGCUGAAGUUCUUGAAUCUGUCUGAUAAUGGCUUUUGGGGCAAAAUCCCGUCGCUUCCGGGUGGAAGCUUGCAGCGGCUUCUGCUCUCAGCGAACAAGUUCUCUGGUGAGAUUCCGCCGCAGCUUGUGAAAGACACUUGCCCGGCGCUCCUCGAGCUUGACCUGUCCUUCAAUGGCUUGUAUGGUACUCUGCCUUCUAUUCUUGCUUCGUGUUAUUCUUUAGAGUCCUUAAAUCUCUCCAACAACAACUUCUCGGGUGAAUUCCCGGAAGGAAUUCUGAGUUCAAUGUCUAGUUUGAAGAGGCUUGCUCUGUCUUUCAAUAAUUUGAGCGGGAAUUUGCCGGGUUUGAUGAUUUCGAAUCUUACUGAUUUGGAAACAUUGGAUCUGAGCUCGAAUCGGUUUUUGGGAUCUAUACCGUUUGAUUUAUGCCGGAAUCCAAGUAACAGGUUGAAAGAGUUGUAUCUUCAGAACAAUCUGUUCACUGGUGCGAUUCCAGAGACUCUAAGCAACUGUUCGCAGCUGAUUUCACUCGAUCUCAGCUUCAAUUACCUGACCGGAACGAUCCCUUCAAGCUUGGGAUCGCUGUCGCAGCUCCGCGAUCUGAUAAUGCUGCUGAAUCAGCUCCAUGGUGAGAUCCCGGCCCAGUUAGCAAGCAUCAGGACACUCGAGAAUCUGAUCUUGGACAAUAACGGGCUGACAGGAACCAUACCUGCCAGUUUGAGCAAUUGCACGAAUCUUAAUUGGAUCUCGCUGUCAAGCAAUCAGUUGAGUGGGGAGAUACCAUCAUGGAUCGGACGGCUGGGGAAUCUUGCCAUCCUCAAGCUCGGCAACAACUCGUUCUCGGGCAGUAUCCCACCUGAGCUCGGGGACUGCCAGAGCUUGAUAUGGCUGGACCUGAACAGCAAUCACCUGAACGGAACAAUCCCAUCUUCUCUUGCAAAGCAAUCCGGCAACGUCGCCGUCGGGUGGAUUACUGGGAAGAGGUAUGUUUAUCUGAAGAACGAUGGGAGCCCUGAAUGCCAUGGUGCAGGGAACCUCCUUGAGUUUGCUGGCAUCCGGCAGGAUCAGCUCAACAGAGUUCCCACUCGGCGGUCUUGCAAUUUCACCAGAGUCUAUAUGGGCAACACCCAAUACACAUUCGGCAACAAUGGAUCCAUGAUCUUUCUUGAUCUGUCCUACAAUCAGUUCGAAGGCAGUAUUCCGAAGGAAAUUGGGAACAUGUCCUAUCUCUCUAUUCUGAAUUUGGGGCACAACUCACUCUCCGGCGUCAUCCCACCAGAUUUGGGUGAGUUGAAGAAUAUUGGGGUUCUUGAUCUCUCCCACAACAGCCUCGAGGGCCUGAUCCCUGCGUCGUUCUCCGCCCUCUCAAUGCUUUCAGAAAUUGAUCUUUCGUACAACAAGCUCACUGGGACAAUCCCAGAAUUGGGUCAGCUGGCAACUUUCCCAGCUUACAGAUACAUGAACAAUUCAGGUCUGUGCGGGUUCCCCCUACCACCUUGCGGAGGGAAUUCAGGGUCGAACUCUUCCAAUUCCCAACAUCAGAAAUCCCACCGUAGGCAGGCCUCCCUGGCCGGGAGUGUGGCAAUGGGACUGCUAUUCUCCCUCUUCUGUAUUUUUGCUUUGAUAAUUGUUGCUGUGGAGAGCAAGAAGAGGCAGAAAAAGGAUAAUGGCAGUCUAGAUGUGUACAUUGACAGCCGAUCCCAUUCCGGCACUGCCAAUGCGAGCUUCUGGAAGCUGACAGGCACGAGGGAGGCCCUGAGCAUCAACCUCGCCACCUUCGACAAGCCCCUCAGGAAGCUCACUUUUGCCGACCUGCUCGAAGCUACCAAUGGCUUCCACAACGACAGCCUCAUUGGCUCAGGCGGAUUUGGUGACGUCUACAAGGCCCAGCUCAAGGAUGGGAGUGUUGUUGCCAUCAAGAAGCUGAUCCACGUAAGUGGGCAGGGCGAUCGUGAAUUCACAGCAGAGAUGGAAACUAUUGGAAAGAUCAAACACCGAAACCUGGUCCCUCUGUUGGGCUACUGCAAGGUUGGUGAAGAGCGCCUUCUGGUCUACGAGUACAUGAGGUUUGGCAGCCUCGAUGACAUCCUACAUGAUCGAAAGAAGGCGGGAAUCAAGCUCAAUUGGGCUGCAAGGAGGAAAAUUGCCAUUGGGGCUGCCAGGGGACUAGCAUUCCUCCAUCACAACUGCAUCCCCCACAUAAUCCACAGAGACAUGAAGUCAAGCAAUGUCCUGCUCGACGAGAACCUCGAAGCCAGGGUGUCUGAUUUUGGGAUGGCCCGGCUAAUGAGCGCCAUGGACACUCAUCUGAGUGUCAGCACCCUCGCGGGCACGCCCGGCUAUGUCCCGCCUGAGUACUACCAGAGCUUCCGGUGCUCGACCAAGGGCGACGUCUACAGCUAUGGUGUGGUCUUGCUUGAGCUACUUACCGGGAAGCAGCCGACGGAUUCCGCUGACUUUGGCGACAACAACUUGGUGGGGUGGGUGAAGCAGCAUGCGAAGCUGAGGAUAAGCGACGUGUUCGAUCCACGGCUCAUGAAGGAGGACCCAAGCCUGGAGGUGGAGCUGCUGCAUCACCUAAAGGUGGCGUGCGCGUGCCUGGAUGACCGGCCAUGGCGGCGGCCCACAAUGAUACAAGUGAUGGCCAUGUUCAAGGAGAUCCAAUCAGGGUCUGUAGUGGAUUCAGCUGCCACUGCCGACAGCAACUUUGGAGUGAUGGAAGUGGUGGAGGUGAGCUUGAAAGAAGGCCCUGAGCUCAGCAAGCAGUAGAAGGAAUUUUCAAAAAGAAAGAACGAAAAGCAUUUCAAUAUUCUUUGAGAGAGGAGGAAGGUGAAUCAGGUAAUGAUUUUUGAAUUUUAUACCCCCAUUUUUUUCAUCUUACCCCCACUUUCAAUGGCAUAAAAGAAAAAAAGAAAAAGAAAAAAAAGGCCUGUAGCUACGUAUCAAUGUAUGUAAUAUAUAUAUUUAUGAGAAAUGCUGUUAUUUUAUACAUAAAAGCUGUUUGUAUAUAAAGGGGUUUGAUUUUCUCUGUGCAACCAAAUGUAUGUAUUUUAUUUUAUUUUUUAAUUUUUUA